AUGUCCUUCCAAGUACCCUACGAGUCCAGUCCGCCCGAGACGCCCGAGAAAGACCGCUCUCGCAGUCUCUGGAGCAACAUCUCGACAACUCCUGCCGGCCCGCCGCCUUCGAGCACAGGUUCAUUUGCGCAACCGACAUCCAACAUCAAUGGCGGCUCACGCAUAAACUCCUUUACGCGAAACGAAAGCGCCUUCGCCACAAACCAAAACUCUUUCUCUAACAACGACUUCUCCAACUCAAUCUUCACCAAAUCAGGAGGCAUCAACACGAAUGACAGCAUUUUCGGUUCCUCCUUCGGUUCGACCGAUUAUGCCCCGCCGAAGCAAACCAAAGGACCUUCUUCACAACCCCUGGGCAAAUCGAGCCUGCGCUUUGGAAUGACCAACGGUAGCACCUUUGGUGAUUCACUAGGAUUCGGCCAAUCCAAUGGAUUUGCCUCGUCGAAAAUGACCGAUUACCACGACGAAACAGACCAGGAAGCGAACGGUGAGGAAGAGCUCGAAGAGGAGGAAGAAAUGGAGGAGGACCAAGAAGAGGAUGCCGACCCAAUGGACGAAAGUAUCCAGGACCCAUCGAAGAAAUUCAACUUUUUGGACUCAGCCUUCGGAAAUCCCUUCCAGUCCGAGCCAUCCCUUGGCGCUCAGCGCAAACCCAUCUACACCAACCCAAACGAUGCUAAGCGACCAAAGCUUGAUGAACACUGGGGCCAACCGUCACCAAUCGGCAAGACUCUUAAGCCAACAAAACCAUCCGCCUUGCCUUCCAUCCUACACAACAUUGCUUCCCGCUCCAAGAUUCCUCCUAUCCACGAGACGAACGAGUUUAUUCUUAACACCGAGGACGCAUUGGGAAAGCUUUGCGAUCAGUUGAAGGCCGCAGAGUUCAAACAUGUCGAUUACGAUGAGGUUCUCGCCAAUGUGUCGAAGGAAUUGGUUGAAACCUGGGAAAACUGUACCGAGGAAAGUGCGGCCGAUCGGUCCUAUGGCGCUCACGCUGGGAUCGGUCCCGGGGAGCAGGCUCCCCAUCUCACAAAAGCAACAUUCCUGGCAUCCUUGCUCCUUCAAAUCCAUCAUCCUCCACGUGAAGCUCCCUCGGUUGCAGGCGUGAAUCCUAUGCGCACAGCCGGACUGAUCAAGGCCGUUGGUCGACCAGCUGUCCCCAAAGCGCUUCCUCGGGUUUUAUUAGAAUGGCUAAGCGAUCGCCACGCAUCACAGACGAAGGACCUCCAAGCCCUGAAAUACGUGGAACCAAAUCCCACAGCUUCCACCAACUUUUGGGAUAUCAUCAUCGCGUCUGUGCUGCGCGGCCGUUUGAGUGAUGCAGCGGACGUCCUCCGAUCUGCGGAUUUCAACUACGCCCAAUCCGCUCGUGAAGAUGGUCUUGCACAGCCUGGCUAUCGCGGCGCGCAGCUUCAAAACAUUCAACGCUGUGUCAACAAAACCCUUCAAAUCCUCGAAUCAUGCCCUUCAAACCAAUCCGACGACUGGGAUGUCACCGGCCAUGAGUGGUCUCAAUACCGAAAGCGUGUUCUCUCUGCAGUCACUGAUUUGGAGGACUUCGCCGAAGGAGACGAGCGCGAUGAAUCUAACAUUCCGGUUCAGGAAAGUCGCUUCCAAGCCGUCAACUUUGGAAUGCCAACUUUCAACCAGAACUUCAACCAGAACCCGGUCUCUUUUGCUCAAUCUGCUCGUAUGGCCGAGAGCCGUGUUCCUUGGUCAAUCUACCAGAGCCUAAGGUCUAUCUACCGAAUCAUCCUUGGCGACCCAUCCGCCAUCAAGGGCAAAUCCCAGGACUGGGUCGAGGCAACGAUCACAUUGACAGCUUGGUGGGAUGGUGAGGACGACGAAGGAUUGGAUUUCGGUGCCAGUGAAGGCGAUAAAUUCCAAGAUUUCCUACGCUCCCGUGGGCCAAAACACCACGUCCGCGCAGUUGAUCGAAACAUGCGCGAUGCUUACCGUAACCGCCUGGCGCAGGCCCUCAGCCACACCACCACAGACGCCUCAGACAGUGCGGAUUUCCGCCCCAACACGAUGAACAGCGUUGAAGUUGGUCUGGCAUCCGUCUUUGAAGGAAACGUACAAGGUGUGCUAGAAUUGAUUCAAACAUGGUCACUGUGCGUGGCCGCUGCUGUGGCAGAAGUUGCCAGCCAGGGUGGUUGGUUUCAGUCCGGUGCCAGUCAAAAAACCAUGCCUGGUCUCUCAGAAAACGACCUCAUGGUCCUGUCGUACGGACAAGUACCCAAGUCUUCUACUAAGCUGCGUAAAGAUGAUAUUCUGCGCCAUUAUGCUUUCGCCCUCUAUGACCGGCCUGUCGUCGCGGAUCUAAACGGUUCUCGGGAAGGCUGGGAGUUGUCGCUGGAAGUAUUGAACCGCUUUGAUGAUGGGAAUGAGAUGAAGAAUGCCGUGGCCGAGAUUGUGGAUAAACUACCACUGGAAACGUCGGAGCAGCUGGACAAACUGGUCGUUCUCUGCUCAGAACUCGGGCUGGAUGACCAAGGUCGCAGGGUUUCUGAACGUUUCGCCGACAUGCUGACCUCUAAAUCCGAAAAUUUCGGCAUGGCCUUGGUGUGCUACGCUCGCGCUCAGAGCCGACGCAAGGUGAAGUCAGUUGUUGACCUCCUGAUCUCUUACAGCUUAGUUCAAUCUCGUGCGUAUCCCGCGACAGCCGAGCUUGAUGAACAACUUCGCUCUCUGAUGAAGGAGCCGAAGGCCUGCUUGUCCUCGAUUGCUCAGAUUGACGAAGAAGCCGCCCGGAUUCUUCAAUUUUACCUUAGUGGUUACGCGACCCUCCGUCGCUACUACGAGAUUCGGGACGAGGAACUCGAGUUAGCAGAGGGACAACAACCUCGAUACAAGCCUUUGGCCCGUCGUCGUGCGGCGGCCCAGGCCCUCGCAGCUGUCAUCGGCAGUGCCGCGGAUAACAUUUACGGCGGCCUGUACGACCCGGAUCGCGACUCGGCCGUUCAAGUUGACGGGCUCCUCGCACUGCUUGGUGAAGCACUCGCAUUUGUGCAACAGCCCACUCCUGUCCUUACUGUUUCACAACAAUUCACCAUCCUGUCCGCGAUCGAAGACCUCGAAACCGUGACUCCCCGCGUCUACGCCCAGUGCGAGGAGUGCUUCCACUCUACCCUCCUUGAAUACCAAUCUUCCACUCGUGGGGAAGUGUCGGAUCGUCCCUCCCCCCGAUCCCUCCUCCAGAAAUCCGUCAAUUUCAACGCUUCCAGCUUUUCCGUCAUCGGGAACGACAUGCGAGAGGGCCGUACCCGCUCUGGAUCUGGUGCCGGAUCUCUUGGUAGCUCUGCCGUCCUUGUUGGCGCCGAUGCGGAACGAGGCUGGGAUUGGCGUGCCGGGUUACCAGAGUCCGCCAAGGGCGAGGAUAUCCUACGCAUGCUCCGACUCGGCCUGGCUCGAGGAUUAAGCCAUGGUGCCCUCGGGUCCAUCUAA